AUGACAAGUAGACGUUCUGAUUGGUUAAAUCCUAUAUAUACAUCAGACUAUACAUACCAAGCUACUGUCAAACAAGAUCCAACUAACUAUACUAGAUUUCAUAGAAUUAUUUAUUAUAUGAUUCGAAAGCGUGGGCUUGAUGAGAUGAGGGAAUCUAUAAAAUAUAUUUAUGAGUUAAUUUUAAGCCCACCACUAUCAGAUAGAUUUACCACUUUUAUGGAAUUAGUUGAUUUUAGUCAAGGAGAUCCUACGAAGGUUAUUGCUCCUUAUGAAGAAAACGAGAUUAAUAGGUGUAUGGAACAAAAAAAUAAAUUAGAAUAUGAAAAACAACUAUUACUUGAUGACCGUAAGCAAAAUUUGAAAAUUAUUCAUAAUAACAAAGAAGAAAUUGACUCUCUAAAUAAACUAAUCAAACAACAAAAUGCAACUAUUAUUGAUUUGAAGAAACAAUUAAAAGAACAAGAAACUAAAGCUUCUGAAUUAAAACUUCAAGUUGAAAAAGUAGCAGGUAAAACUGGCAUCGAACAAGAUGAACAAAUUAAGAUAUUAUCAAAACAAUUAAAAGAAGUUAGAGAAAUGAGUUUAGAUUAUUAUAACGAUGUUGUUGGAUUUAGAAGAUCUUUAAGAAAGAAAGAAGAAGAAUUUAAUACAUUAAAAGAAGAAAAAGAAGAUUUAUUAGCACAACUUACUAAAUUAAAAGAAGUUAGAGAACAGGAACAUAGAGAAUUAGAACAAUACCAAUUAGAUAGAGAAAAAGAAGUUAAAGAGAAAGAAAGAAAAAGUAUUGAAAAAGUGAAAGGAGAAAUUGAAAAUGAGACAAAACAAAUUAAAAUGGAACGAAGUAGAAUCAAAAGUGAAUGUGGAAUAAGACGUGGUGAUGACAAACCAGUCUCAAGGUAUUCAGUUCCAUCAAAUGAAGAAAGUGUAUUAUCUAAAGUAGUUCCAUUAAACCAAAUGAAAGUUGAAAUUUCACAGUUCAAAGGUAAGAUUGAUGAAAAAACUAAAAGUAAUCAGAAGAUUUUUAAUGAUUGUAUUGAUUUAGAAGAUCUAAUUCGAGAGAGAAAUGGAAUUAAAAAAGGAAGUGUUACAGCAAAAGAAGAAAUUUUAGAAAAACACUACUCAGAAAUGGAAAAUCAAAUUAAAGACUAUGCAGCACAAGGUCUUUUGGAUAGUAUAAAGAAAGAAGAAGAAAUUAUGAGUAAAAACAUUCAUGACUUAACAGGAGAAGAGGUUGAUCAAUGUUUAGUAUAUUGUGUUCAACAAUUUUUGAAAGUUUCAUCACAAGAAGUAAGGUUGUUAGAUCAUAUUAACUUACUUAAAAAGGUCAUGGAUGGAGUAUCUCAAAGUACUAUCUAUGAAGAGUCAGUUCGUUUAACCGAAAAUAUUUUUGACUUAGAACAAACAUUACUUAAAGUAAAAGAACAACAACCUGAAUCAUUCCUAUUUUAG